CCUUUUUGCAUUGUUUAUUUAAACAAGCCUUCCAUAGGGUCCUUGUAUUCCCCACCAUAUGAGCUCUUGUUGCUUCUCUGGUUGGUGAUCACAAAUUUCAUCGAUCUUGUCAUGUGCACGUACGUACGUACGAGGCUUGUUUUGAGAGAGAGAUUGAAUUAAGGAGAGCGUGUUGGCUCAUUAACUACUAAACAUAACGUUAUUCAUAAGCCAAACCAUCAACAUGUCUUCCGAAGUAGGGAUGGUGGGUGUGGAGAGCAAUGGAAACAUUGAAAAUCAACAUCAGAGCCAGGAACCAGUACUUUCUGAUCAACCAGUGCUCACGGAGAAGAAGGUUUCAUGGCAAAAAUUGCCACGAAAUGAUUCUCUCGACAUGGAAUCACGCAGCUUCCCUAGAUCCUCUCAUGCCGCUAAAGGGCUAUCGACGUCGGUGAUUAUGCAUCUAGCAUUUCAAAGCAUCGGAAUUGUAUACGGAGACAUAGGAACAUCACCAUUAUAUGUGUAUGCAAGUACCUUUUCUGAUGGCAUAAAGCACGACGAUGACAUCUUGGGUGUUCUUUCUUUGAUCUUUUAUACUCUCACUCUCAUUCCUCUUCUUAAGUACGUAUUCAUCGUCCUACGGGCCACUGAUAACGGAGAUGGAGGGACUUUCGCUUUAUACUCCUUGAUAUGUCGUUAUGCCAAAGUGGGGCUUAUUCCAAAUCAACAACUUGAAGAUGCAGAAGUGUCUAAUUAUAAGUUGGAGUUGCCUAGGAAUAAUCGCAUCAAGAGGGCUUCAAGGCUUAAGUCUAAGCUUGAGAAUAGCUACUUUGCCAAACUCUUCCUCUUGCUAGUUACCAUGCUUGGCACUUCCAUGGUCAUUGGGGAUGGCGUUCUCACACCUUGCAUCUCUGUUUUAUCUGCCGUGGGAGGGAUCCAGGAAGCUGACGAUAAAUUGACUGACGGUACGGUUGUUGGAAUAUCCAUAGCAAUCCUGAUAUGCCUUUUCAUGGUUCAAAGAUUCGGAACUGAUAAAGUAGGUUACAGUUUUGCUCCUAUCAUUUGUGUGUGGUUCGCCUUCAUCGGAGGCAUUGGUCUGUACAAUUUCAUCAAGUAUGAUCCAGGAGUUCUCAAAGCAAUAAAUCCAAAAUACAUUGUAGAUUAUUUCAGAAGGAACAAGAAAGAUGCUUGGAUUUCUCUUGGUGGUGUUGUGUUGGCUAUAACAGGAACUGAAGCACUAUUUGCUGAUGUUGGACAUUUCACAGUGAGGUCCAUACAGAUAAGCAUGUGCUCUGUAACAUACCCUGCUCUUGUACUUGCUUACACUGGACAAGCCUCCUUUCUUCGCAAACACAAGGACCUUGUUCCACACACUUUCUUCAAGUCCAUACCAAAUCAUUUAUAUUGGCCAAUGUUUGUUGUUGCUGUUAUGGCAUCCAUCAUAGCUUCUCAAGCCAUGAUCUCCGGGACUUUUUCUAUCAUCCAACAAUCCCUCUCACUUGGAUGUUUUCCUCGUGUGAAAGUAGUGCAUACAUCAGCCAAGUACGAAGGACAAGUUUACAUCCCAGAAAUCAAUUUCAUUCUCAUGAUUGCAUGUGUUGCAGUCACAGCUGGAUUUAAAACUACCGAAAAAAUUGGCAAUGCUUAUGGGAUAGCAGUGGUGUUCGUGAUGACACUCACCUCUGCAUUGCUAGUGUUAAUCAUGAUCAUGAUAUGGAAGACUCACAUACUUUUGGUUAUCAGCUAUGUGCUCAUCAUUGGAUCGGUUGAGCUUAUCUAUUUAAGCUCAGUGCUAUACAAAUUCAAAGAAGGAGGGUAUCUCCCUCUUGCCUUUGCAGCAUUGCUAAUGAUCAUCAUGUACAUCUGGAAUGACGUAUAUCGAAGAAAGUACCAUUACGAAUUGAAUCACAAGAUUUCACCACAGAAGCUCAAGGAGAUAGCUAUUGGGACAAACCUAGUUCGAAUGCAUGGCCUUGCCAUAUUCUAUUCCGAGCUUGUUCAAGGCAUUCCACCCAUUUUCAAACACUACGUGGUAAAUAUUCCUGCAUUGCACUCCGUGGUUGUCUUUGUGUCCAUCAAAUCAUUGCCCAUUAGCAAAGUUCCUGUGGAAGAGAGGUUUCUAUUUCGCAAAGUGGAACAUGAAGAACUCAACGUGUUCCGGUGUGUUGCUAGAUACGGAUACACUGACGUGCGCAACGAGCAAGAGCCUUUUGACUAUUUGUUGGUCAAAAGGUUGAAGGAGUUUAUUAGUGGUGGAUUUUUGGCGUCACAAAGAGUGAUGCUGAUGCAAGAUGAUGAAAGUGAAGAAAAAACCAAAGGUGGUAGCGGUGAUGAGAUUGAUUGGGUGCAAAAGGGUGGUGAUAAAGAUAGAGUGGUGGAAGAGAGUGAGGUGGAGACUAUUGAAAAAGCAGUGCGAGGAGGUGUUGUUCAUUUGAUUGGUGAGAGUGAGGUUGUUGCUAGCGCAGGAGCUGGCAUAUGGAAAAGAUUUCUGAUAGACUAUGCUUACAAUUUCUUGAAGAAGAACUUGAGGCAAAGUGAUAAAGUAUUUGAUAUUCCUCAUAUGCGUAUGGUCAAAGUGGGAAUGACUUAUGAACUUUGAAAGAAUAAAACAGUGCUUAAAUAAUGAAAUUAAAGAGAGUUAGAACAAUGAUUUAAGCACAGUGUAUGUUCUUUUUUAUCAGUAAAGGAACGAAUUAAGAUUC